UCAAAAUCGUUGGGAGUAUAUCGAAAAAAUAGCGAAAUAUCUUUAUAUUGAUAAAUCUAGAUGAUUUAUAAAUUGUAUCUUAUAAAUAUUAUGAAUGUUUAUUUUAAACCGGAGGAUUUAAUAAAGUUAUUAAAUAGAUAUAUGUAUUAGUGUUUUGAUGCACUUAAAGGUUAUGUUAUCAUACUUAUAUUUUUAAUAUUUAGUAUUGUGUAAAUUGCUAUUGAUACAUAAAUAAGAAUCAUACAAUGUCUUUGUACGAUGAUUUUGAUAAACAUCGAACUUCUGAAAAAGUUGCCGGAUGGUCGUCCGGUAUAAAAUUGUUACAAUCGCAACUUCAAUUAAAAAAAGCUGCAACUACACAGCCAAAACGUGAACAGUAUAGAAAAGCUACUGCUGUAUUAGCACCAGUUAUAGAUUUGAAAUCAAAGACUAGAGAUAUUGAGAAGGAUGAUGAUGGUUUACAUAAUAAUCCACUUACAACAAAUAAUACAGGUAGUAUUGGAAUUGGUAGUGAAUUUGACUGGAAUGUUAUAAAUGAAUAUGAUCCUAUGUGGCCUAAUGAGUACGAAAAAGUAGUCAAAGAAUUACGUGAUAUUCGAGAUAGAGAACAUGAUCAAGAAACUGAAAUGCGUAAAAGACGGCGUGAUAAUACACGUUUUGAAGAUACACAAGCAACAGGAAAUAAUACUUUAGUACCUCCAGAAAGAGACGAAGAACGUACUCCAACAUCUAGGGGCAUAGCUGGUGGUGCUGCUAUAGCACCUCCUCCUUCGUUACAAGAAUGUUCUGAACUUUCAGCAUCAUCGCCAUCACCAAGACAGCCUUCUAAUUUAGGUUAUGCUACAUCAUCUGUCGCUGCCAAAAUUAUGGCUAAAUAUGGUUUUAAAGAAGGACAAGGCUUAGGUAAAAAAGAACAAGGUAUGUCUGUAGCAUUACAAGUAGAGAAGACAAGUAAACGAGGUGGCAGAAUUGUUGGAGAAAGAGAACAGCUUAUGCCACCACCACCUCCAGUUUCAAUGUCUCCACCACCUCUACAGCAGCAGACAUCACAGCCACAGCCUUCGCAAGAAGAACCAAGUAUUACAGAAAUCAUGAAAUCACCAAGCAAAGUUGUAUUGCUACGUAAUAUGGUUGGACCAGGAGAAGUAGAUGAUGAUCUAGAACCAGAAGUGAAAGAUGAAUGUAAUACAAAAUAUGGUGAUGUAGCACGUGUAAUUAUUCAUGAAGUUAUUGAAGCAACUCCAGAGGAUGCAGUUCGUAUUUUUGUAGAAUUUAAAAGAAUAGAAAGUGCUAUUAAGGCUGUCGUUGAUUUAAAUGGACGAUUCUUUGGGGGUAGACAAGUUAAAGCAGGUUUUUAUUCUAGUGAAAAAUUAGACAGUUUGCAAUUAAUGGAUUAAUGAUAAGAAUAUUGAACAUAGAAAUUAUACUAAUAUAUACUAUAUUAAUUCUUUAUUGUCGAACUUAAACUAUUUCACCCGUUCGAAAAUGCGAACGAAAAUAAUUCCGACUAACGGUAUUACUAUGCCUACAACUAUUACGACAAAAAUGAGUUAAUAUCCAGUUGAAUCCUAAUAUUGUUUAAUGUCUUUUGUUUACGUUUUGAAGAAAAAAAAAAUGGAAAUCAUAAAAAUGGAAUUUAC